AUGAUGAUGUUUUUCAGUCGUCCAAGGACCGUUGACGAAAUCUCGUUUCAAACUGAAGUUGUUUCGGUUCUGAAGAAAUUCGUCACAUCGACAGACCUUCCAAACAUGUUGUUUUACGGACCGCCGGGAACCGGCAAAACGUCUGCUAUACUUGCAAUGGUAAAAGAAAUUUUCGGGUUGGACAUGUAUCGCGAACGCGUUUUGGAAUUGAACGCAAGCGACGACCGUGGCAUUCAAGUGGUCAGAGAAAAGGUGAAACAAUUCUCUCAGUUUACGGCUUCUGACCGUCGUCCGGGUGGAAAGAAAUGUCCCCCUCUAAAGAUCGUCAUCCUCGACGAAGCUGAUUCAAUGACUUCUGCAGCCCAGCAUGCUUUGCGUCGAACCAUGGAAAGCGACUCUCGAACCACCCGCUUUUGUAUCAUAUGCAAUUACAUCAGUCGCAUAAUUGGCCCUAUCGCGUCACGCUGCGCGAAGUUUUGCUUCAAGCCACUUAGCGACGAAUCUCAAAAAGAGAGACUGCUGCAAAUAUGUCAAGCGGAAGGCGUAACCGUGGACGAAGACGCGAUUGAUCUUUUGAUUAAGGUUUGCGAAGGAGACCUCAGAAGAGCAAUUAACUGUUUGCAGUCAGCCGCUAGAUUUAAAGGGGAAGAAACUAUAACUGAAGAAGACAUCGUGGAGUUGACUGCGAUCAUCCCUGACGAUGUCAUUGACGAAUUCAUAUCGGCUUGUCGAGGUGGAAGCCACCAGCGAGUAGAAGAAGUAAUUAGGUCGUUGUACAAGAACGGCUAUUCCGCGUAUCAAGCGAUGAUUCAGCUGCAUCAGCGCAUAAUCAGUGAUACGAACAUGUCUGAUCUCCUGAAAGCAAAGGUUUUGGAUAAAAUUGCGGUGUGUGAAAAGCGACUGUUGGACGGCAGCAAUGAACUUUUGCAGCUCAUGGACAUCGCCUGCGUAUAUAUGCUAUCUUCCAUACAGUGA